AUGUCAUCCCUCAAAUACAUAAACGAACCCGGUGCCGGCCAAAAGCACAGCGACCUCUGCCACUACAGCCAAGCAACCGUGCUCAACCCGGGCUCUACCAUCAUAAAAUGCUCCGGCCAAGGCGGCUGGACGAACGGCGGCGACCUGGACCCAAACAACAUCAAAGGCCAAGUGGACCUCGCUUUUGAAAAUGUCGACAGGGUCUUACAGGCUUCUGGGCUGCGCGGGUGGGAGGAUGUGUACCUAGUCCGUUCUUACCAUGUCGGUAUGCGGGCCUCUUUUGACCAUGUGGUUGGGAAGUUGAAGCAGAGGGUUCCUGGGCAUAGGCCUGUUUGGACGGCGAUUGCGGUGCCUGAGUUGGCGUUUCCGGAUAUGAGGAUUGAGAUUGAGGUUGAGGCUGUUAAGGCGCAAUGA